AAAAUAACAAUAUCCUAUGCUCCCCGCGCAAUUUAUCAUCUCCACCUUUCACACCACUAACCUACGCCUCUCUUCUUCUUCUUCCUCCACCAAUUACCAUUCCCCAACCUUAUCGCAUCACUCCUAAGAUGGAGUAUCGCCUUCUGGAAGCUUCCAAGCCGGGCUUGUCGUUUGGAACUUCCUCAAGCCCCACUACUCGUUUGACAAAAGUCCGCACUGAUCAUUCCCACACCCGAACAACAACCCAAAAAAUUCGGUGCCGCCAUUUGUCGAAGCGGAGCUCCGAAGGUUCUGGAAAGGGCCUUCAGAAAGAUCACAAGAAGGACCUGUCUCGGAUUCUGCGAACCGACGCAGCUAUAAGGAACAUUGAGAGAAAAGCAAACUCCAAAAAGUAUAACAACUUAUGGCCUAAACCUGUUCUUGAGGCACUUGAUCAGGCUAUUCGAAACAACUACUGGGAAACUGCUUUAAAGAUCUUUGAACUACUACGUCUGCAAAAUUGGUACACUCCGAGAUGCCAAACGUACACAAAAUUGCUGGUGACGCUUGGCAAGUGCAAGCAGCCUAAGCAGGCAAGCUUGCUCUUUGAAACCAUGUUGUCUGAUGGGCUUAAACCGACUAUUGAUGUCUACACUGCCCUUGUUAGUGCUUAUGGCCAAAGUGGCCUCUUGGAAGAGGCAUUUUCCACUGUGGAGGAGAUGAAAUCGGUCUCUGAUUGCAAACCAGAUGUGUAUACCUACUCAAUUCUCAUUAACUGCUGCACUAAGUACCACCGUCUUGAUCUCAUUGAUCGUGUUCUUGAGGAGAUGUCGUAUUUGGGGAUCAAAUAUAGCACCGUGACGUACAAUACUCUGAUUCAUGGAUACGGUAAGGCAGAGAUGUUUGAACUGAUGGAGGACUCUCUGAUGAAUAUGAUUGAGAGUGGAAGCUGCCUUCCAGACAUUUUCACGUUGAAUACGUUCAUCGUGGCUUACGGAAAUAGUGGCCAGAUUGAGAAAAUGGAGAAGUGGUAUGAUGAGUUUCAACUGAUGGGAAUAAGGCCUGACGUUAAGACUUUCAACAUCCUGAUAAAAUCGUAUGGGAAGGCAGGGUUAUGCGAUAAGAUGACCUCCGUUAUGGAGUUCAUGGAGAAGAGGUUUUUCACUCCCAAUGUUGUUACUUUCAAUAUAGUCAUCGAGAUAUUCGGGAAAGUGGGAGAUGUUGCAAUGAUGGAUGAGUAUUUCAAGAGAAUUAAGCAUAGAGGAAUGAAGCCUAACUCCAUCACCUAUUGCUCUCUAGUUAAUGCUUAUAGUAAAGCCGGGCUUAUGGAGAAAGUUGAUUCUAUUAUGAGGCAAGUGCAAAAUUCCGAUGUUAUACUAGACACACCCUUUUUCAACUGUGCCAUUAGUGCCUAUGGCCAGGCUGGUGAUGUGAAAAGCAUGCGUCAAUUGUUUUCCGCAAUGAAGGAGAGGAAGUGUUAUCCUGACAGUAUCACCUUCGCCACCAUGAUCCAUGCCUACAAUGCGCUAGGCAUGAUGGAAGCUGCUCAAGAUUUGGAGAGCAAGAUGAUUGCCACAGAUGACGAUUCAGGCCUUUCGAAAUGCCUGCCACAGUAAAACGUUACUAUCUGUGGUCUUAUGACACUGGGGGUCUCUCCAACAGAUGGUGAAUUUGUCACUUCCUGAACUUUCCCAGGCUCCAAGUUGGUUGAAAAGCAACCUCUAAAAAUGGAAAGUCGGGUGAUGGAAACAUCUAUUUCCAUUAUAGUCCAAUGGCAAGUAGUCAUGUGGUACAACUUACAGGGCUUAAAGGUCACCAUUGCAAGUGAUUGAGUGGGACCCAGUUCUUUUACUGUUUGUCACAUGACAGUUCUCUUUUACUGAUACACAUAUGAUGAUGCAUCAACGUUGACUAUGA